AUGACGUCGGUGAGUGACCUCUUCACACCUGUUGAUGAGUUGAGGUUGACAGAGCCAUACUAUUCGACCGGUGGUCUUCCGGUGAGUGCAGGGACAACGUUCAGUCAGAAAACCCCAGUUAUGGUGCUCGAUGAAGCAGCUCGUCGUGUUUAUGGAGUUCCUCCAGAUUACCAAUUGAUUAGCGAGGUCCCCGCUUUUGGUUUUUCUUGUCGCUUAAUGAACAGGAGCGCGACAGGAUGUGGAAAAACGAAAAAGGCGGCGAAACAUCAAGCUGCACGAGCUCUGCUUCAUGAACUGAUCGAAGCAAACCUACAAUUGGAAUUUGGUAUUCCAGGAGAAACUAAACAAGCUGCACAUCAAGCAGUAGAUGGGCUUGCGGUUGGUGAUGUUCGAGUUGAACCAUCAGACGAAGAUCUUCCGCCCUCUACUGGACAGAAUGAGAAUCACUCAGGGAAGCUCUUGCAACUUUGUCAUAAGAACAAACUCGAAGCUCCUGAGUAUAGUUACAAAGAAGAAGGCCCUUCAAACGACCGUACAUUUACAACUACUUGUAAGGUUGGCGGUCAAGAAGUUGUAGGAGUGGCGAAAACAAAAAAGGUUUCGAAAAAUAUCGCUUCACAAAAAAUGCUCGCUAUCAUAGAGAAAGGCAUUGUUAACAUGAAUAAGGAACCUGAUUUAGACCGAGAUGCGGACGAAGAUGAGAAUCCGUCAGUUGGUGAACUCCAAUGCAAUAUACCACAUGCUUCUGACCCUAUGACCGUCGUAUCAGAAAUUUUAUCCGAUACCAAACGGUUCGAGUCUCCUACUCAAGAGUACCGUAUUCUUGAAAAUAAGUGUGCUUUUGGUGAGUAUUCUGUUGAUUUGCAUAGCAGUCAAUUUUUUUUCAAACUUCUCAAACCUUUUAGUCCUCAAGUUUUCGAGUAG